GCUGUGUACACAACUCGAGACCAUCAGUCCGAACUUCGCAGCUUGCUGUCAGAUCAGUCUCUGACACCGCUCGUCUCCUUGCUUUUUAUGCAACAGAAAACUAUAUCAGGAAUUAAAAUCAGGGAUAGAACUCAGUGCGCGAUCCAGUCAUUUUGUGGGAUUAUUUUCAAGGCUCUCGCAUCUUGUGUGCGUCUCAAAUAUUUUGUAGCCGUGACUUGAGUCCAACAACCCGCCUGCCUGAAGGUCACUACAGAACCUGGUUCGCAGAAGAUAUUUGCCGUUUUUGUAGUGAUUCGUCGUCUUCACCUGCCCGUUGCGCUCGAGGGAGACAGUCAUCAUCUUCAGGCUGCUGUGAGGAGAGCAUGCAGAGCGACGGGCUCGUGAUGGCAAGCGAGUGAGACCCUGGCGUUGUGUCGGGCAGGAAAGGGAAGGAGCUCACACGGAGGCGAGGGACGAGCACCCAGGAGGAGCACAGGCUCCAGGAGCAGGAGCAGGAGCAGGAGCAGGAGGAGGAGGAGUGGGAGAGGAGGAGGAGGUGGAGGUGGAGGAAGGGGAGGCGACGGCUGAGGGACUGGAUGCUCGGCUCCAUCAGCUCCACCUGGUCAGGGCUGCCACCGAGAUGGCCUCCAACUUCAAUGAUAUAGUCAAGCAGGGCUACGUGCGCAUGCGCAGCAGGAAGCUGGGGAUCUACAGGCGCUGCUGGCUGGUGUUUAAGAAGUCCUCCAGCAAAGGGCCACGGCGACUGGAGAAGUAUCCGGACGAGAAGUCUGCCUACAUCAGAGCAUGCCCCAAGGUAACCGAGAUAAGCAAUGUGAAGAACAUCACAAGGCUCCCGCGGGACACCAAGCGGCAAGCAGUGGCCAUCGUCUUCACUGAUGACACAUCACGGACAUUCACCUGCGACUCAGAGCUGGAGGCGGAGGAGUGGUUCAAGACCCUGUCAAUCGAGUGCCUGGGCACUCGUCUCAAUGACAUCAGCCUGGGGGAGCCCGACCUAUUGGCUGCUGGCGUUCAGUGCGAACAUACAGAGCGCUUCAACGUGUUCCUGUUGCCCUGCCCCAACCUGGACAUCUACGGCGAGUGCAUGAUGCAGAUCACCCACGAGAACAUCUACCUGUGGGACAUCCACAACCCCCGCACCAAACUGGUCACCUGGCCACUGUGCUCGCUGCGGCGCUACGGCCGCGACGCCACCCGCUUCACCUUUGAGGCCGGCAGGAUGUGCGACAGCGGCGAGGGCCUGUACACGUUUCAGACGCGCGAGGGCGAGCACAUCUACCAGCGGGUCCACUCCUCCACACUGGCCAUCGCUGAGCAGCACAAGAAAGUCCUCAUGGAGAUGGAGAAGAAUAGGCUCCUGUCCAAAGGGGCGGAGACAGUCUCGUACCCCUGCACCCCCACAGCCAUCCUCCCCCGCAGCGCUUUCUGGCACCACAUCACCGGCAAUCAAGGGGAGCCAGCCAACGGUGACCCAUACGGCGGAGGCCACUCAGGAGGGGAGGACUCGGAUCUGUACUCGACACGCCUGCCGCCAGAGCGACACUCCACUUUGCCUCUCAGCCACGGCAAACACCCGCCUACCCCCUACCACUCGUACCCCAGCCAGUGAGAGGUCCACACGUUCUGCCCCCUCCAUGCCAUCGACUCCACAUCUUGUGUGCUAUACCCCUCUUAAUCCUCAGUUCCAAUAAGGGCCGGGACUUCCAGUGCCCUGUCCACUCUGUGUUCCAGCAGUGGAGCCAGGUGGACAGACAGACAGACAGACAGACAGACUGCACACCCCUUUAGUAGGAGAUGCUUUGACAGAGGACGACAUUCAAUUGACUUCAAAAAUGACACAACAGAGGUUGCCUUGUUCGUGGAACUAUAGUUCCCAGAAGCCCUCAGUGCGAUGGCAGUCGGUUGCCAGGUUCCGUGCCUCUCACUCUAUGCAUGCCCCUAUGGGACAAGCAACCAGGCUGUUUUAGGGAAAUGGAAGUUGCCUAUGGAGGGUGGCCGGAUGGAGUCUCCUCUUGAGAAGGCUGUUUCUGGUCCUCAGCCUGCAAUCGAAGGACAAACCUCAAAUCUAACCUCAUGCCAGCUUCUAGCAAUGUAGAGCAUUCCAGGUGACCUCCCAGACCCCAAGCCUCUACUCUCUAGCAUGAUGUAACAAUGAUUGUGUCUCACUCAUCAAGCAGUUACGCUCAGCCAUAAUCACCGUCUUAGAUAGACAUGCCCAUAGGGUUUUUCUCUACACAGUGAAAACGCAUUGAACUGAGGCCCAUCACCUCAAGGUUCCCCUCAGAAACACUCAAGAAACUCUCACAGUCUCUCUCGGUCAGUCUUCGCUAUUUUUCUACACCGAGUUGAUGCUUUGGCCAGACAGCCUGAUCUCCUUGGAUUCUGCACAGACUAAUAGAGGGCACUUGACAGCAGUGUUGCCAUCUUCAAGAGCAAGACAUAUUUUAUUUCCUGAACUCUGUCAUUUAGCAGACUCCAAUGUGCUUUGUUGCAUCACUAAAAACUCAAGAUGGAGUAAUAUGAUGAUGGUAAUGGUGGUGAUGAUGAUGAUAAUGAUGGCGACCUGGUGAAGGAGAUCUGGAAGGAGUCGAAGUUCUCCUGAAGGUCUCCGAUUUUAAGAUCAGCCAAUUUAAAGACAUUAAAGAGUUAAUAAGAAGAUAAGAAACAAAAAACAGCGAUGAACAGUUGUAAAAUUUUAGAUCAAAUAUCUUCCCUUUGUCAUCUCUCUAUCAGCUUGUCUUUUCGUUAAAGGGUGCUCGCCUCACAAACAGAACUCUACAACUGAUGUAAUUUUGAAUUUUGUCCAAUGCACAUGCUGUGAUUGCUAGUAUUGAGAACGGUGGAUAAGAUGGCUCUUUAGAUUUGAUUAAUAAGCUUUGUAAGUGGGUCAUGGGCCUUAGUAAUUAGAGGUCUUUUCUUUGCACUUCGUAAUAUAUGUUUUUUUCCCUUUUGACGGUGUGUUCUUUAUUUAAAACGAGGUAUGUAACAUUUUUGUCCAUUCAAGAUGUCCUUACGUGAUCACACUCUGAGAAACUGGCUGUACUAGGUGUGAUGGAUUGGUGUGUGCACAAGUAACAACUGGUUUUAAGCUUUGAACCUCAUGGCCAAGACUUGGAUUGUUUUAUUUCCCAUGUGUUUAUGAACACCAUACAAUAGCAUUUUCUUCAAAGAGUUUUAUAGAACUCUGCUUCACAAUUUCAAAACUCUUCUCUAGAGAAGAUGCAGCCUUGCGUCUUGAGGCUUAACUGUUGAGAUAAUGAUUUCUGUUUAGAUACUGAUUUCUCCAUUGGUAACUCCAGCAUUCCUUGAGAUGAUUGAAGCAUACAACAUGCAGUGUUUGUUUAGUACUAAAACCAGUCUGAAGAAUCAGUUGACAACAUCUCUCACAGUCACCUAAAAAAUAUAAAAUCGAUUGAUGAAAUGUAUUAGAACAUUGAUGAAAUAAAUGUAUUAGAACUAUUUAGAAUACUGUUCCAGUCCCAUCAGUCGAAAGCUAUUCUCUAACUACUAGAAUGCACCAGGGAGUAAGCAGUUGUUAUAAACAUGAUUAAGAGAGUAUACGGCUGGACUGGGUGAGGGUGGAGAAGUCUUACGUCUAUGGCUAUUGCUUGUUACUUAAUGCUGGAAGACACAAACACACUCUGUCUAUCUCUGUCUCUCUCUCUGUCUCACUCUCAUACACACACACACACUGCCACACAUAUGCACACACACACACACUUACCUUAUUUUUGUUGUGUUGUAUUACGAUAAAGAAGGGCUAAGUCUGUAUGGAUAUAUCUCCCCCUGUAUUUUCUGUUGAUGUCUGCCUCUGUAUAUAGAACCUGAUCUGGGUUGUUGCUGCCCUCCCGGGCCACUGUAGAUAAUGCUAUUUAUUUUACAUCACGUGAUUGUUCAUGGACAGCUCCACUGAUAUGUGUAUGUCAUUCUGUUUGUUUGUUUGUUUUAUUUGUAUGUGUUUGUGUGUGAGUUCAACUGCACAACUCUGGUUACACGAAAGACCAUACUUAAAGCUGAUGGAGUUGGUUGAUUUGACAUUACUCAGUCUUUUUUUUUUUUUUUUCAAACAUCCAGUCCAUUGGUUUUAUUCUCUGAAUUGGAUUCAUGACAAAAAUGAAUUACCUGUGGACUCAUGACAUAAAAGCCCCCUACUACUGUCAAUUCCUUAAUCAUCUGUCGUAUCACAGAGCUUAGUCGAGUGAAUGCCAACUUCCAAUCUUGUGCUCUUGGUCAUAAUCACAUAGCUGUCUUUGCUAGAGCGGUAUGCAAUCAGGUACAAACUCCCCAAUCACAUGGUUUGGACUGGCGUACUUUGCCCAUCGAAGUGACAUAGAUUGAUUUAGCUUCACUCACACAUUUGAAUUACUAGCCAAGUUUGACUCUAUAUUACCGCAGUCUUUAGAAAGUGCUGCUAAUAUCAUGAGUGAACAGUAAGGUCAGGUCUCAGCUCAUUUGAAAAAGCAGUAUGGGACUAAUGGAGAUUAUACAGCUUAUCAGUUGGAAGUAAUGAAAACACAGCUUGUUUUCUAGAUUUCACUCUGACUAGCUGACUGUUCUCAUCUCAGAAAUCAUUAGAAUGAUCCACAGGAAUGAUUUUACAAAUAGAUUAAACAAGGACAAGUGACAUCAUUGUAAAACCCAUCAGCUAGCUUCUUCAUUUCCAUACAACCCAAUAUAGAGAAUGCCAGUUCAGGAUUUGUACACGUCUGUGUCAAAGUGGGAAGUUUUUCUUUUCUCUGCACAAAACCAGACUAGAGACUCAAAGUACAGAAGACUAUUUCUGCUUGUUUGACCUAAACAGCGUAUGCAUAUAAAAUCAACUGUAAAAGCUUAAUGCAGAACUCCUUCAUGUUUGAAGCUUCAUUACACCGUGAAAGAGCUGUCUUUCUUUGCUGUCUUGAGAUGUGUUCAUGAGAGUGUCUGGCUGUCAAAAAGCAGAUACAAGAAGCAAGAGUCAAAUGCAUAUUUUGUCAGCGGGUCAAAGAAUCCAUUGCGGUGAACCUUAGUGUGCAAUGUAGUUGUGGUAGGAGCAUGUUGCAGACUCACCCACAUUGCAUGAGUUCCUUUCACAUAAUGCCAUGUGUGUCCAGUAAUGUUUGUGGUAAAACAUUUUGCAGUUUUUUCAAUAAAAUGUUUUUACACACUGAA